ACCAUUCAAUUCUGACUCUGACGUAGACAAGUUGAUACAGUGAAUCGGGAAAUCUCAUUGAACAGACCAGAACAGACGCAAUUGAAGAUUGAAGGAUACAUUUGUGCAUUUUAGCACUUAUACAUUUCAGAAAAAGGUCGCAAUUUUGUUCUUUCCUCAACAAUACUGCUAUCAUGGCGAACGAGAGAUUAGAUUUUGUAAUAUUUGGUGCUACUGGAUUUACUGGAAAACAUGCUGUGAAAGUAGCAGCACAAUUGGCUAAGGAAAAACAAAUUAAGUUUGGAGUCUCCGGUCGUCGUAAAGAAGCUUUGAUAACAAUUGUUAAAGAAUAUGCUCCCGACAUUGAAAAUGUACGUAUAAUUGUUGCUGAUCUGAAAGAUGAAGAAUCAUUGACAAAAAUGACAGAGCAAGCUAAAGUACUUGUUAACUGCUGUGGUCCAUAUAGAUUUUAUGGAGAACCAGUUGUUAAAGCAUGUAUUGCGACUCGUACACAUCAUGUUGAUGUUAGUGGUGAACCACAGUACAUGGAAAGUAUAGCAUUGAAAUAUAACAAGGCAGCUCAAGAUGCUGGUAUCUACAUUAUAAGUGCUUGUGGAUUUGACAGUAUACCAUGUGAUCUUGGUGUAAUUUUCACACAACAAAAAUUUGAUGGGGAAGUUAAUUCCAUUGAAACGUAUUUAUCUUGUUGGGUAACAUCGAAAGUUAGUGGUCCUAUGGUACAUUAUGGUACUUAUGAAUCAGCAAUUUAUGGAGUAGCCCAUCAUAAUGAAUUACGUGGAUUGCGUAAACAACUGUAUCCCGAAAAAUUGCCUUCACUCCAACCAAAGUUAAACAGAAGGGGCUUGAUUCAUCAAUCUCCUUUGGUGAAGGGAUGGUCCAUGGUGUUCCCAGGAUCUGAUCGAUCUGUGACUUUACGCUCUCAAAGAUUUUUGUAUGAAAAAUAUAAACAGAGACCAGUACAAAUUCAAACAUAUGUUACAUUUAAGUCUCUUUUUUUUGCAUUGGCAACUAUUAUUUUUGGAUUGAUGUUCGCAGUGUUGUCCAAAUUUGAAUUUGGCCGUAAUUUAUUAUUGAAGUAUCCUGCAUUCUUUUCUUGUGGAACUGUAAGCCACGAAGGCCCUUCUGCAGAAGCAUUGGAAAAUUCCCAUUUCAGUAUUACAUUUAAAGCUGUAGGUUGGACUGAAAAAUUAGCUGAACCCACUGAUAAACAUAAAGAUCCACCAAAUAAAGAAUUAAUCACUAAAGUUAGUGGUGUUAAUCCUGGAUAUGGCGCAACAUGCAUUAUGUUAUUGUUUUCUGCCAUGACAAUUCUCAAGGAAUCUGAUAAAAUGCCCGAUAAAGGCGGCGUUCUAUCUCCUGGUGCUGCAUUUGCUAAAACAUCACUCAUUGAAGAAUUAAAUAAAAACGGUGUCAGAUUUGAAGUUGUCUCACAGAUUGAGAAAUAAAAUACUCAACAGACUCUUAUAUACGCAUACAACUGUGUUGUAUGAUAGUGAAAGUUAUGCAAAUUUUGUGCUGAAUAGAGAAUAGAAAUUCCAGGUUUAUUCCUAUCACUAAAAAUAAAUGAAUUUUUUUUAUUUUUUGGAAUAAAUCUUUUAUUUGUAUUCUUUGUUAAUAAUAAAAUUUGCCCAACUUCUGCGGACAUGAGAACAUAUAAUUUUCUAUAUUUUAUAACUAUUUGAAUUUGAUACUAAUAUUUUCAAAUUUUAAGUAAGGUUAACUGUCAAGAUUGAUAUUUUUUAUAGAAAUAUUUUGAUCUCAAUUUGUGCAUUUAAAACUAUUUGCAAAAAAGGGCCACAUAUUUUUUUAAUUUUGAAGACAACAACAGAUGGUAACCAUAAAUCUUAUUUUAUUGAGAUAUACUAUAAUACCCUUCCAAUGUAACUACCAUUUCAAUGUUGUGAUGUAGUAUUUCAAAUUAGAGGUAUUUCUAAUACAUAUGACACGAUUGAUUAUACAUAUUUUGAAAAAAGAAAAUGAAAACUUUGAUACUAACCAAUUUUUUUUUUACUUAGAAUUUACAAUUUAUUCAUAUUAACUGAUACUUGGUAUUAUAUCGUAAUCUCAAUGUUCGAUAAAUGUUAAUUAUAUAAAGUGUUUACUUUCGUUAAGAUAAUUAAUAAUUGAAUACCUAAUUACGUUACAGCAAAUGUUCGACGAAAAUACGGUAAUUGAUAGUUAAACAUGUUUUAUUCGUUUAACGCGCAACGCACAUACUUCACUGUAUUUUUAUUUUUUUAUUUGUUACAAUGUAUGUUGAUAAUUUUUGUUAUGUUUUGAAUGAAAUUGUAUUCUUCUCACUAUAAGAAAAUUUACAUUUGUAUCUAAGCCAGCAAAAUUGUAUUAUUAUACUAUGAAAUAAAAUAUAAAGCUGCACUACCACAGA